AUGAAUAUUUUGGAAAGUAAAAACGACUCGCACACAGAAGAAUUAGCUGCAAAAGUUUCUCGACUAAAAAAUAUUGCAAUCGAUAUUGACAAUGAAGCAAAAGAACACAAUCGUUUUCUUGAUUCCAUGCGUUUUGAUUUCGAUACAGCACGUAGCUUCAUUGGUGGAAGCUCCCGGCAUUUAGGAAAUGUUAUGUCGAGUGGAAAAGGUGACCGACGAUUUAUGUGUUAUAUAAUUGGUGGCAUUGUAUUUAUUUUUGUUUUUCUAUAUUAUGUUAUAAGUUCAUUUCGAAAAUGA